AUGCCUGCUCACGCUACUCUCUACGAGGCUGUCACUCUGGCCGCAAAGGCCAACCCCUCUAAGAUUGCGGUUACCAUUCCCGACGGCCCCCAACUUUCUCACUCACAAUAUGUUCAGGCCAUCAAGGACUUUCAGCGUGAACUUGCUCUGCUCAACAUCCCUCAGCAAGCUGCCAUUUCUAUUGCCAUUCCCAACAACCUCGAAUUCGCGAUUUCUUUCCUUGGCGUGGCAUUCUCUUCCUACAUUGCUGCUCCUCUGAACCCAGCCUACAAAAAAUCAGAGUUUGCCUUCUACAUUGACGAUCUUAAGUCUGCUCUUGUUCUUGUCCCCAAAGACCACGUCAAGAAUAACUCUCCAGCCGUCCAGGCUGCCAGAGAUUUUGGCGCAGGAAUUGCUGAAAUCUACUGGGAUGAUUCCUCUCGCAAGCUUGUUCUCGAUCUCAAGGAAACAGGCUCUAUCAUCAAAGUUACCCCUGGUGCUACCGUUGCUUCUACCUCAGUCCCUCCAGCUCCAGCUUCUUCUCAUGUUGCCCUUGUUCUCCAUACCUCGGGUACAACCGGUCGUCCCAAGGCCGUUCCUUUGACCCAGAAAAACAUGGCUACCACCGUCUUUAACAUUAUUAACACUUAUAAGCUUACCCCCGCUGAUACCUCUUACCUCGUGAUGCCUCUUUUUCAUGUCCACGGUCUUCUUGCCGGUUUCCUUGCUCCUUUAGCUUCCGGUGGUGCCGUUGUUAUUCCCCCACGCUUCUCUGCCCAGUCCUUCUGGUCAGAUUUUAUCACCUAUAAGGCCAAUUGGUACACUGCCGUACCCACUAUCCAUCAGAUUCUCCUCAAGGGCAAGAUUCCCUCACCUCUCCCCAAGAUCCGUUUCAUUCGCUCUUGCUCUUCAUCUCUAGCUCCUGCUACAUUCGAAGCUCUCGAGGAGACCUUCAAGGCUCCAGUUCUUGAAGCUUAUGCCAUGACUGAGGCCUGCCACCAAAUGACUUCGAACAACCUUCCUCCUGGCAAGAGAAAGCCUGGUACUGUUGGUGUUGGUCAAGGUGUUGAGGUUGUUAUUCUCGAUGCUAAUGACAAUAUUCUGCCCGCUGGCCAAGAAGGUGAGAUUUCCAUCAAGGGUCCUAACGUCACUCCUGGUUACAUCAACAACCCUAAGGCCAACGCAGAAUCUUUCACCAAGAAUGGAUACUUUAGAACUGGUGACCAGGGAAAGAAGGAUGAGGAUGGCUUUGUCAUUAUCACUGGUCGCAUCAAGGAACUUAUUAAUAGAGGUGGUGAGAAGAUUAGUCCCAUUGAGCUUGAUGGCGUUAUGCUCCGUCAUCCUGAUGUUUCCGAGGCAGUUGCCUUUGCUGCUCCUAAUGAGCUAUAUGGCCAGGUCGUGAAUGCUGCAAUUGUGCUUAAGCCUAGUGCUGAGAACAAGGAUCACAAGGCCCUUGAAAAGGAUAUCCAACAAUUCUUGUCGACAAAGCUUGCCAAGUUUAAGAUUCCCGAGCGUAUUUUCUUUACCAAGAUUAUGCCCAAGACUGCCACUGGCAAGAUCCAGCGCAGAAUUGUAGCUCAAAAGUUCCUUGAAACUCCCAAGCCUAAGCUUUAG